UCAAUGGAUACCAAGGCCCGUGUUUCUUCUCCUAAGAUUGACUACAUAAAACCCUCCACGGAUAUUUUACUGUGUAUUAAUGUAUAAGUAACGAUAAGUUUUCUUAGUUCUAUGAAGAAAUGAAGAAACGUUUUAUACCAUGUGCUAAUUGAAUUUGAAGUUUAUGAAGCUUUUCGUUCAAAUCAAAAAUCGCUUGCUCUACUGAUUGCCACGGAUCGCAUUAUUUCCCACCCUGGGAAAUGCCGUUGGGUGUACUUCGGGAAAGGUAGGGGUCAGAGAGACGAUGGGAAACUCCCACCCUAGGGACUUGAGAUCAGGAGCCAUCCUCUCCAACAGAUCAACGGCCUACACAAACUCCAUCGGUUACGAAACUGUGUCCAUUUGCAGUGACAGCGACUCAGACCUUCCUUUCCGUUUUAGUUUUACGAGACUUGCUAACCUUCCACCCUUGCCCGGUGUCCAUCCUUUGGACUACAAGGCCUAUCUCAACACCUCUACUAUCUCUACUGUCAGCACCAAACCGUCAAAAACAGGAAGGAAUCCUGGGCGCCAAACCAAGUUUCAUUUACCCAUGAUUCCGAGCCACACUCAUCAAAUGAAUACUGGGGGUUUGGUUACAGUGAAGGAAAAGACCAAGGAGAAAAAGUCGAACAAAAUCAGUAGGAAAAAGCAAAAGGGGUCUAAAAGAAAAAGAAGAACUUUUCAAAGACUAUAAAAUGACUAGUU